AAACGUAACUUAUUUGUUAUGAAAAUAAAAUGUUUCUGCUUGGGGUCUGCUUACUUUUCAUAGUGAAUCCCUUAUUGCUGAAAGCUUAUCCUGUGGCUAAGUCGGAUGAACCCGGUAUCCUACCCGCUCCCUUAUCCGAGCCAGCUGAUUAUCCCGAUCUUACAAAUGGCCUUAGCGACGACGAGGUUCAGGAAAGUCUUCAGGACUUAACCCUAGAUGAUCUAAACUCAUUGGAUAAACUCCUCGAUGAGCACAGCAGUCAAGACGAAGACGCCGACACAGACGCGAGUCUAAGAACUCAAAGUAGAAGGGCGAAGGCCAAUAAGCAGAAGCAGGGCUUUGACUCUUGGGAUUCAGAAUUUGAUGAUGGCUGCCGGGAUGAUGAGGAUUCCGAUGAUCCGAGGCCCAAUCAAUGCACCAAACGACCCAAUUGCCAGACUACCAAGCGGUACUGCAAGAAGCCCACUUGCCCACCAAAAACUACUCGAGCGUGCAACAGUAGGCCGUCAAAUGAUAAUUGCAAGCAAAAAUCAAAUGGCUACAUGGAUGACGACAUGACGCCAGAGACCACCAAGUGUCCCAAGCCGAAGCCAAAAAAAUGCAAGAAGCCAAAGGACGACUUGGAGUGCGAUGCAGAUGAUUUCCUGUGCCACGCCAUGAAGCGGGAAAGAUUGAAAGCGGGUAGAAGAAACCACCAAGAGGAUAAAGUAGCUCCUGAUGCUUUGGCGGAAUAUGUUCCGGGGAGAGAACUAGCUGGAAUAGAGCAGCUGGGAGAGCAGAUAUUACCCGCAUUCAAUGAUCAAGGGGAACCGAUAGAUGAGAGUUUUGAUUUUGAGUCAGUUAAAUUGGAACAAUCUGGACAACCAGACAUACAGUUUAAGGGUAAGUUCGAUUUAGAGCUUAAAGACCCAUUUAAUGCUGAACAAGAACAAGAAUCCAAGUUGGACAAGAGAAACCAGGAAUAUUUAGAUCAGGAACACCAGUCGAGUAGAAAUAAUCGUUAUGCGGCUAACCUUAAUGUAAAGCAAAAACAUAGAGAAAACUUUAUGAACGCAUAUGCGUCAAAUAUAAAACAAGAUAAUCUCAAGAACUUGGAUCAGGAAAACGUUGUAAAUUUAAAAGACGAAAAUGGUGCUAAUGGGGAUUAUAGUCAAGAAAAUUUGAAGCAGGAAAACCAAGAACUAAAUAAUCUAGAAAAUGUAAAUCACGAAUACUGGUCCAACAUGAAGCUAGAUAGUCAGAAAAACUUAGAUCAGGAACGUCAAGUAAACGUGAAGAAUGAGUAUAGUCCCAACGUUGAACUUGAUAAGCUCGACAAUUUUGACCAAAAUAACGAAAACCUAAAGCAAUAUUACAGUUCUAACGCGAAACUAGACAAUCAUGAAAUGUCGCUGCAAAAAAAUCAAGAAAGCUUGAAACACGAAUAUAACUUGGAACCAGAAAAUCAUCAAAAUUUUGAGCAAGAAAAUGUAGUAAAACUUAAACAUGAAGAUCAAGCGAACUUUGGAACUGAUUUUGAGUCACAUCAUGGUGCUAACUUAGAGCAAGGUCAGGUCAAUUUUGAUCAUGAAUCCCAAUCAAAUUUUGACGAGGAAAACCAGUCAAAUAAUCAUCAGGCAAAUUUUGUUCAGGAGCACCAGUCUAAUUUGGAAAGGGAAAGAAAUUUAGAGCAGGAUAAUCAGGCCAACUUGGAAAUGGGAAACCAGUAUAAUUUUGAAAGGAAACAACAGUUUAACAUUGACCAAGAACAUCAGGAAUCCUUUAAUAAUGAAAAUCUGGCUAAUUUGCAUCCUAAUGAACAGCAAAUAUUUCCCGAUCAGAAGGAUUCCAGUAUGGAGGGAGUGAAACAAGUAGUAGAAGUCCCAGCACCACUUAAUUCCUACGACCGCAAUCAGUACUCCAGGAUUGCCUCUCGAAAAAGAAAGCAAUCUGAAGCACUUAAGGAGUCCUCACAUAAUGAAGAUGAAAAAAAGGAGGCAUUUGGCAAUGAUGAACAUAUACCAUUGAACCCAUCACUAAAAAAACAGGAACCUCUUUUCGAUAGCGACAGUUUUAUUGCCAACAAUGCCCGUGACCCACCUCGGUAUCUAAUUCAAAUGCAAAACGACUACAUUAAAAGUGAAAACGAUAAUGGCGAACGUCGAUUGCGAGAGGAUCGAAGUCAGAGCGAAGCGUUAAACCUGGACCAUCUUACCGACGAGGAAUCCAGUCCAAUAGGGGAUUUGAAUUUAAAAUCCAACUAUAAGAGGAGCAAGCGAGAGAAUAAAGAAAGUGAUGAUGCCCCGGAGAAUUCCAAAGAAACAUAUAUAAAGAAGCUGAUGGACUCAUUUCCGCGGGAUCAGGGUGGCCAGAUAAACGCCAAUGCCGCUCUGAGGGGAUCCAAUCUCGCCCAUUUGCGCAUUAAGCGAAGUUGAGUUUUAUUUUGUUAUUUUCACACUGAUUAAUUAAUGUCUGACCUUGUAUAUUUUUUAUAAACAGUCAUAAACUGAUAAACCGAUUGUUUUCGCUAGAGUUCAUGUUUGUUGUUUUGCGCAUUAAAAAAUAAGCAAUAUUAAUCCUAUAUCUUUGCAAGUGAUUUUAAAGCAAUUCUUUCUAAAUUAUUAUUACAGUUCGU